AUGAGUAGAAAUUUGUUCUUGACAUUAAGAUUGAUACAAGAAAUUCUUCAAUUUCUUGCUGCAAGUCAGCCUUUUUUGCAAGAAUAUCGGAGAGACAAAGCGCUACUUAGUAAUGAUUACGUUUAUGCUUUCUUUUGGUUACCAGAAAAUGUUCGCAUCUUGCGGAACGAACAUCCAGAAAUAGAUUUUCAACGUCUUUUAAACAACUUCGUUUCAUGCGAAAAAUAA